AUGAAGUCACUAUUAUCUAUUCUGUCACAUGUUGUACAUGGAUAUGUGGGAAACAGGGCCACAGUUUUCCCCUUGCAGUAUGCUGGGUGGGAUGUCGAUGCCAUCAACACUACCAAUUUUUCUAAUCAUCCUGGAUAUGGAUCAUUGAGUGGGACCGCAUCACCACCAGAGGCCAUACAAGAUAUAAUUUUGGGACUAAAACAGAUCCUUGAUUUCAAUAAUGUGUACGAUAUAAUCCUUACAGGAUAUACACCCAAUGCUGAAGUUCUACAGAUACUAAAGAGUGAAAUUGAACAAGCCAUUACCAACUCCCGCAACAAACCUCAUUGGAUAGUUGAUCCUGUAUUAGGAGAUAAUGGUAAACUAUACGUCAAAGAAAACUUGAUACCGGUUUAUCGUGACAUAUUUGCCAGUGGAUUAGUGGAGCUUACCACGCCUAAUCAAUUCGAAUUUGAAACAUUAAGUGGUGUGAAAAUUGUUGAUUGGUCAACUGCUAAAGAUGCAAUUUAUGAGUUUCGUAAACUCUAUAAGGUUAAGAAUAUUGUGAUAUCCUCAGUAUCAAUUGAUGACCAUUUGUAUUGUGUUGGGUCUUCCAAUGACAGAAUUUUUUAUAUUUCUAUUGAACAAAUUGGAUGCAGUUUCAAUGGUUGUGGGGAUUUAUUUACUGCAUUACUUGCAGACGAAUUUUACAAUGGGGAGUAUGUGUUAAGUCCACAGAUGUUAUCGAAAGUACUUUACAAAUUACACAAGAUCUUAGAGUUUAGCUACGAUGAUAUUUUUAAACGUAUCGGACAAAUUCCAACAGUGGUGAAGGAUAUAAGAGUUGUGGCAGCUAAAGAAUUUCUUACAUCUGAUUAUAAGCUAGACACUGAUGUAAUAUAUUUAUAG